AUGGCUAACCUUUGUCGCCCUACCACGAAUCUCACUCUCUCUGUCCAUAUCUCUCUAUUUCUCUUCCACCAAGAGGUUUCCGGUCACGAUUCUUUUCUUCAUCUACACCGUCGACGGACUGAGCAAGGCGUCGCUUCUUCUGCACUUGUGGAUCUCACUGGACGCCGAUCCGAAAAGCUAAAAGUUGAUCUCUUCGAAAACACAUACCAGCUUCCUUCUCGGCUCUUUUUCCAUUUCCUUUUCGUGAUCUUCUCUGCUCUCUUUCGUGCUCUUUCUUUUCCAUUUACUUCUCCUUCAACCUCUCAAGGCAUAGAUUUAGGCUCACCCGAAGUUCCAUUUUACUCUCACUCGCCUGAUGCUCCGGUGGUAGAGGAAGAGACUCUUAAGAAGCGUAAAGUCAGAAGAAAGUGGGGUCCAAGAGAAGAUAAUGUCCUCAUCAGCGCCUGGCUAAACACAAGCAAAGACCCUAUCGUUGGCAAUCAACAGAAAGCAGGAACGUUUUGGAAACGUAUCGCUGUCUACUUUAACUCAAGUCCUAAUGUGGCUGAACUUCCACCAAGAGAUCAAACAAUCUUGAAGCAGAGGUGGCAGAAGAUAAACGACUUGGUUAGCAAGUUUGUUGGUGCCUACGAGGCAGCCAAAACUCAGACAACCAGUGGCCAAAACGAAAACGACACUCUCAAUCUGGCUCACCAGAUCUUUCACAACGAUCACCACAUCGCCUUCACACUAGAAUAUGCUUGGAAAGUUCUUCAUAAUGACCAGAAAUGGUGUGCUUCAUUCAAUACCAAAACUGGUGGAAGUUCAAAGAGAAGAAGGGGUGAUGGAAGCUCGCCAAUAGUUUUAGAGGAUGUGGAUGAAGCCAUGGCUCAGCCUAUAUGA